GCGCGCCGCUGGGGCGCGGGCGGGGUCGGGGGGCGCGGGGCCACCGCUGCUCGCCCGCCGCGCGUCGGCGUCCCGGGCCCGGCGGCCGGCGAGCAUGGAGGAGAAGUACCUGCCGGAGCUGAUGGCGGAGAAGGACUCCCUGGACCCCUCCUUCACGCACGCUCUGCGGCUGGUGAACCAAGAGAUAGAAAAGUUUCAGAAAGGAGAAGGCAAGGACGAAGAAAAGUACAUCGAUGUGGUGAUUAAUAAGAACAUGAAGCUGGGACAGAAAGUGUUAAUUCCUGUAAAGCAGUUCCCUAAGUUCAACUUUGUGGGGAAACUUUUGGGUCCCCGUGGCAAUUCUCUGAAGCGCUUACAAGAAGAAACCUUGACAAAAAUGUCCAUCCUUGGAAAAGGUUCCAUGCGAGACAAGGCAAAGGAAGAAGAGUUGAGGAAGAGUGGGGAAGCAAAAUACUUUCACCUCAACGACGACCUCCACGUUCUCAUCGAAGUGUUCGCUCCACCAGCAGAAGCAUAUGCCCGGAUGGGACACGCACUGGAAGAAAUCAAAAAGUUCCUCAUUCCUGACUAUAAUGAUGAAAUCAGGCAAGCACAGCUCCAAGAGUUGACGUAUUUGAAUGGUGGUUCAGAAAACGCGGACGUCCCAGUUGUUCGAGGAAAACCCACCUUGCGUACAAGAGGUGUACCAGCCCCAGCAGUAACCAGGGGAAGGGGAGGAGUCACAGCCCGGCCAGUUGGAGUUGGUGUACCACGAGGGACGCCGGCUUCCAGAGGAGUUCUUUCCACCCGAGGGCCAGUGAGUCGGGGAAGAGGGCUUCUCACUCCCAGAGCAAGAGGAGUGCCCCCAACUGGGUACAGACCUCCGCCGCCACCCCCAACACAAGAGACCUACGGAGAUUAUGACUAUGAUGAUGGUUAUGGCACUGCUUAUGACGAACAGAGUUAUGAUUCCUAUGAUAACAGCUAUAGCACCCCUGCCCAAAGUGGUGCUGAUUACUAUGAUUACGGACAUGGACUCAGUGAAGAGACGUACGACUCCUACGGGCAAGAGGACUGGACUAACUCAAGACACAAGGCACCUUCAGCGAGGACAGCAAAGGGCGUCUACAGAGACCAGCCAUAUGGCAGAUACUGAUUGUACUGUCUGAUGUUGUGAAAUAGCCAAUCUCCACCAGUCCUGUAUACUGUUCAAAGUAAUUUUUUUCUAUGAACAAUCCCUUUUUAAAUAAAUCAAAAUGCUUAAAAUCUGAAUGGAUGGAACUUAAAACUACUUUGUUGAAACAUCAACCUGGGCAGAAAAAAGGAAAAAAAAAAAAAAGACAUGUAAAAUUUUGUUAUUUCCAGUCUGUAUAUGAAAAAAAUAGGUCAUCAAAAGGAAAAAAAAUAACUUUGAUUAACUAGUGUUAAACAAAAAAAUAGGUUUACUAAAUAUGUUAAUCCAUCCUUUUAACAUAAGCCUCACCUUUCAUUUUAAAGGUUUCCAUAGAAAUUUAGUUAUUUUAUCUUUCAGCCAUAUGCUAGUUUUUUUUUUUCUCUUGCCAACAUGCGUAAAAAGGGAAGCCAAUUACAAGUGCAAAUAAUGUGGUAUUCUUUUGUAACUCAAGUCUUGAAAUGUUCUGUAGUGUUAAGCAAAGUCUCCUCUUGCUUGAUACUAAAUAAACUUUUGAAAGAAA